GGCAGAGCGACAGGGCUCAAGGAGGGAAUCGCGGAGUGCGCCGGCGCGUAGUCGAGGACGCUGGGCCGAAGCUUUUGCUAGGGAACCUACUGUUGUCGCCCCGCCCCCUCGGAGCUUUUUGUCCCGUUAACUGUCGGGGUGGCGGGGGCUCCAGCUCAGGCCGACAUGCCGGUGCGCUUCAAGGGAUUGAGUGAAUAUCAGAGAAAUUUUCUGUGGAAAAAGUCGUAUUUGUCAGAGUCCUGUAAUUCCUCAAUGGGGAGAAGACACCCAUGGGCUGGACUUAGAUCAGAUCAAUUAGGAAUCACAAGAGAGCCAAGUUUUAUUUCGAAAAGAAGAGUCCCUCAUCAUGACCCACAGAUUUCAAAGUCUCUUGAGUGGAAUGCAGCUACCUCAGAGAAUGAUGUGGUCCUAUCACCAGAAACUGAAGCUCCUAGAACACCAGAAUCACAGGAGGCAGAACAAACAGAUGUUAACCAAGAAAGACUUCUUGCAGUAGAAGCCUCCAGGGGUCCCAAGAGAACCAGAUCUCACUCUGCGGACUCUAGAAGUGAGGGGGCUUCAGAUAUUGUAGAAAAUAAGGAAGAUAUAAAAGCAAAUGACGUACCAGCUAAUGAAAAUGUGGAGCUGAAACAUUCUACCAAGCCUCUUUCAGAAAAUGUAGAUGAGAGGUUGAAUAGACUUCUGCAGAAGAAAGCUGGAUUGACGGUUGUUCCUUCACAUAAUGUCUUGAGGAAUUCUGAAUAUCAAAGGCAGUUUGUUUGGAAGACCCCUAAACAACCUGCUCCAGCUUUUGCAGCCAAUCAGGUUUUCCACAAUAAAAGCAAAUUUAUUCCACAAUUCAAAGGUAACUCAUUCAUCCAUGAAACUGAAUACAAAAGAAAUUUUAAGGGCUUAUCCCCAGCGAAAGAACCAAAAUUAAGAAGUCAUUUGAAGGAAAACAGAAAUUUUGAAACAAUAUCUCCUGAAAAGAAGUGUAAUAAAACAGAUGAUCCUUUAAAAUCAGAAGCAGAGAUGGAAUCAAAAGAAAACCAGCCUAAAAAGAAACUUACUCCUUGGAGACAUCAAAGGCUUGGGAAGGUGAAUUCAGAAUAUAGAGCAAAAUUUCUGAGCCCAGCCCAGUAUUUAUAUAAAGCUGGGGCUUGGACACGUGUGAAGGAAAACAUACCAAAUCAGGCUUCUCUAAAUGCCAUGUGGUAUGCAGAGGUUAAAGAACUCCGAGAGAAGGCUGAGUUUUAUAGGAAACGAGUUCAGGGAACCCAUUUUUCUCGGGACCAUCUGAAUCAGAUUCUGUCUGAAAACAACCGCUGUUGGGAUGUCUCCUCAACCACGAGCUCAGAAGGAACCAUUAGCAGCAACAUCAGAGCGCUAGAUCUUGCUGGAGAUCCUACAAGCCAUAAGACUUUGCAGAAAUGUCCUUCUACACAGCUAGAAGAAAAAAGAACUAUUUUGGAAGAACAGCCCCAGAAAACUACCACAGAGAAAUUGGGUGUGUCAAAUGCUCCCAUACCUGUUAGAAGGCGUCUGGCGUGGGAUGCUGAGGACACCACUGAAGACGUACAGAAACAACCAAGGGGGGAGGAGGAGGAGAAGGAGAAGGAGGAGGAGGAGAAGGAGGAGAGGGACAAGCAGGUUAAUGUGGAAGAGCUGGAGAAGCUGGAAGUACAGGACAAGUCUAAAACAGACAAGAUCCAAGAAGAGUCGGAGUCGUCUUCUAUGUCUUCAGGGAAAGGAGGCAGGCUUCCUACUCCAAAGCUGAGAGAACUGGGUGGAAUCCAGAGGACUCAUCAUGAUCUUACCACUCCAGCUGUUGGUGGUGCUGUUUUAGUGUCUCCAUCUAAAGUGAAGCCUCCAGUCAUAGAACAGAGGAAAAGAAUAUCCUCUCAGGAUGGCUUAGAAACUUUGAAGAAUGACUUUAGGAAGAAAGAAAGUCGUGGUAUAUCCCUCCUGACUUCUCCAGCUGCUGGUAUUAAAACAGUUGAUCCCUUGCCUUUGAGGGAAGAUUCUGAACCCAAUAUCCCCAAAUUUGUUGAGACAACUCUUCCCGUUUCAAAAAUGCCAGAAUACCCACCUAACACACCUGGGAAAUCUGCUUCUCCACCCUGCGCCACAUCCUACUGGCAUCCUUCUCGUCGAAUUCAGGGCUCCCUGAGAGAUCCAGAAUUCCAGCAUAAUGUGGGAAAAUCAAGGAUGAACAAUUUCCAGUUACCUCAGCAUGAAGCCUUUAAUGAUGAAGAUGAGGACAGAUUAUCUGAAAUUUCUGCUCGCUCUGCAGCUUCUAGUCUCCAGGCUUUUCAAACUCUGGCACGAGCUCAAAAAAGGAAGGAGAAUUUCUGGGGCAAAACAUAACUAGGCAGAUACCUAGUUGAGUUGCUUUUAUCUGGGGGAACCAUUGGCAUACUUUUUUCAUUAUUGCUUUACUAUGUUAAGACUUCAAGUAUUUGGAUUUUUUGCUAACAUUUCCCACUUAAAAAGAAUUGGUUUUUUUUUUUUUUUUUUUUUGCAAUACUCAAUUCAGUCUACUGGAAAAUUUUUAACACAGGUUCAUGAAAUUUUAACUUUUGAAGGAUUCUUUUUGCAUCUGUUCCCAAAGUAUAAAGACAUAGAUUAUAUAGUUCUUCACAUGUUCUAACUUGUAUAAAGUGUCAGGGCUAGCUGGUAGAAUUGUGAAUUUCCCCUAUCCAGAGAAUAUUCAUAAAUAUGAAUAAAGUAAAGUAAAAAUUAAGAUCUAAAUGUGAAGUAUAGAUUACCUGAAGAUUGGCUUUAUGUAUCUUUACAAUUGUAGAUGUCAUAAAAUGAAUUUGUUGUUCCUUUACCUUUUGCUGUGGUGUUUAUUUUAGCACCUUCUGUUUGUGGUUGCAGUGUUAAAAUAAUUGUACUUCAUAUUGAAAAUACUAGCUUUUGUAUAUACUUUUCUUAUUUAUGUAACAAGGUUUGCUGAGAGAAUAUGUAUAUUUUUUAUCUUUGUGUGUAUUCUGUUUGUAUAAGAACUUUGGCUUACAUUUGAAUAAUGUCUGAAUUUUGAAAAAUUUGUAUAAUGGAAAAUUAAAACUUUGUAGAUAUUUUGAAAUAAAACGAUCAACUGUU